AUGGUGGUGGAAACGGAGAAUAAGACCAUGGGUCCGGGAAAGUUCCCGCAGCUGAUACACGCGCAGACUGCAAAGAAACUGCUGGGCUUCGCAGGGCCUUCCACCCUCGCAGUCUACCUGCAUCCUAGGUCUGAGAAGGCUGUGAUGCAACUUGUUGCUCCCGAGGGACCGCCAGGCAAGCGGCAACGUACCUUCGAGGUUCCAGACUUCACCGGUCGCAUGGCUCUGUUCCACGAACUGCACAUCCCUGCCAAAGGGGAUGGCUGGGACUGCUCCCAUCCGCUCGCACCGGCGGAGGAGGCCUCAUCCUUACUCACUUCAAUCCUAGCGGCUUUGUUUCUGCUGGUGCUGGCAGUGUCGGCGCUGGGUGGUUCGAGCAUCCGGCCCUGGGAGACCGGCGUUUGGAUUGCUGUCACAGUGUAUUUUUACGUUCAAGGCAUGCUUUCGGUGUAUCGCCUCAGCAAUUCCUACCUUGCCUAUUGCAAAGAAGUGGGCAUUGGCACUUGCGAUGUCCAUGGAGACCGAGUCUGGGGCCUGUACGACGACACGAAAUGGCUCAAUCAAGUCUUUGGCGGCAGGCGCUGGGACCGAAAGGACUUGCAGACCCGGGAGCUCGUGGCCAACUUCCCAAGCAUCCUGGCCUUCGUCGUCUUCUACCUUCUUUUAAAGGCGCUUCUAGCGAGAGCUUCAAAGAAUCUGGAGUUCACCGGAACUCUUCUCCUCGGUGUCGGCUACGUCUGCUUUCUUCACGAGUUCACCAUCCUCCAGCCCCUUUCUUACGCGCUGCUGAACUAUGCUAUCUCCCGAUUGCUGGUUUCCGGGGGUCGACUGGGCCGGGCAUUGCUGGUCCCAUGCAGCUGGUUGCUUGGGAUCCUAGCCUUGGCAGCUGCCGGCCGGGAGCUGAGUCUGGAGACACUCUUCCGGUCGCUCAGCAGCAGAAAGCUGCAAGCCUGGGGCCGCUGGAUGGAUCGCUUCCAGGGAGAGCUGUCAUGGUUUAGUGUCCUGCGCUUUUGGGUCUUACGCUGCAUCAGCUGGACAGUGGACUUCUCCCGUAGUUUGGACACGGCCAAGGCGGGCACGUCCGUGAGCACGGGGGUUGAAAGCAAAAACAGUGGUGCAGACCACAAGCAUCGCGCGGACGCCAGUCGACCCUUGCAAGAGUACAAGAGCUUAUCCCUGUAUGCGGCAUACUUGCUCUACCCACCACUGUAUAUGACCGGCCCCAUCAUCUCCUUCAAUGCUUUCGCAUCUUACAUGGAGCAGCCUCAAGUGGAAUUUGAAGGGUGGGCCUUGGCGAGGUACUGGCUCCGCUGGCUACUUGACACCUUCCUUUUCAUUGCGUUUGGGCACUUCCUGUACACCUCGGCCUUGGCAGUCAACGGGCCGCUGGUAAGCAUCCGAGACAACAAGGCCGUGAUGUUCGAUAAUCUCCUGAACUUCGGUUUGGAUGGUGAGACCAUGAUCUGGUUUUCCUUUUGGUCCCUGAAAGGCCUUUGGUUCAAGUUUCUGGUGAUUUGGCGCUUUGCUCGAGGUUGGGCUUUAAGCGAUGGCGUGGCAGCGAUGGAGAACAUGGAAAGGUGCAUGUGCAACAAUUACUCUGUUAGAGAUUUCUGGCGAGGCUGGCAUCGAUCCUUCAACCGAUGGCUGGUGCGUUACGUUUACGUGCCUCUUGGAGGAUCAGGAUCUUUCUUGCGUCAGCUUGGAAGCACCGCCGUGGUAUUUACCUUCGUGGCGAUCUGGCACGAACCCACCUUGCUGCACCUGCUCCGAGAGGAGCAGCGAUUGCUCGUCUGGGGCUGGCUUUUGGCCUUGUUUGUGGUCCCGGAGCUGGCAGCCGAACGCCUUUGCAGUUUGCCUCGCUGCAAGGCCUGGCUUGACGACCAUCCAACAGCGGCUCGGCACAUGAGAGCUUUUGGAGGUGCUUGCAGCAUACAGAUGCUCAUCAUCGCAAAUCUGGUUGGCUACUCCUACGGCCUGAAGGGAGCCAGCUACCUGCUCCUCACAGUGAGCAACCCCAGGAUGUGGCACUUUCUAGCUGCCUUCGUCGUCGCUGUGAAGCAGAUUGAUUGGGACAAGUCCAGCUCGGGAGAACAGGAACAGCGUGCGUUUGAGCGCGAAGUUGCGGUUCUCAUGAGGACGUGUCAUGAAAACCUUGUCCAAUUCCUGGGAAUCUCGUCAAUCGAAAGGCCUUUCCGGAUCAUCACCGAGUUCUGCGCGGGAGGCUGCGUCUUUUCCUUGCUCCACAACCAGGAGCUUCUUCUCUCCUGGUCCCAGAAACUGCGGAUCUGCAUACAUGUCGCAAAAGCGAUGAAGUAUCUGCAUGAGUUCAACCCGCAGGUGAUCCACCGGGACCUGAAGUCCCUGAAUCUGCUGCUCAGCAGCCCCGUGAAGAGCCAGGAGGAUGCACCCUUCAUCAAGGUCUCCGACUUUGGGCUGGCACGCAUCAAGUGGCAGGCACCCGACUCCAGCUGGGGAAAGAUGACCCGAGCAGCAGGAACUUGCCACUGGAUGGCUCCGGAAGUCUUUGUGAGCCAUACCUAUGACGAGAAGGUGGAUCUUUACUCCUACGCCAUGAUCCUGUUUGAGGUCAUUUGCCAAGAGAUUCCCUUCGAGGAUCAAAACCCAGCAGACAUUGGUCGCCUGGCCGUGAAAGGUUGCCGUCCUGACCUGGCCUCCGUGCCCGAGGAGUGUCCGGAGAUCCUUUGUAAGCUGAUGCAGUGCUGCUGGGCUGGGACGCCGCAAAAGCGACCGCCUUUCUCGGAGAUCCUGCCCUUGCUGGACCAGGUUGAGCUGCCGGGAGUCAAAGCUAGAGCUUAG